AUGAAUAUUAGAGGAGGGGGUAUCUCUUUGAAAAGAAGGAGAGUGAGUUCUAUUAUUAAGAAGGGGAAAGUGGAUAUACUCAUGAUUCAAGAAACAAAAAUUAAAUACUUUAAGGAUUUUAUUGCCAAGAGUUUUUUGAAUGGAUCAGAUAUUGGUUUUUCUUUUUCUAAUUCCAAUGGCGCGUCGGGUGGUUUGCUAACUCUUUGGAAGGCUGAAAAAUUGGAGGUUGUGAAUAGCUUUAAAGGAGAAGGGUUUCUAGGUAUCAAAGUUAAGUGGGAGAAUCUUUGGUAUUAUGUUAUAAAUGUCUACUCUUCUUGUGAUUUGGAUAAGAAGAAAAUGUUGUGGGACAAUUUGUUGAGAUUGAAUGAGAUCUUCAAGGACGGUGAGUGGAUUAUCGGAGGGGAUUUCAACGCCAUUAAAAAUGAUAAAGAAAGGAGGGGGAGGGCGUCCGUAAUUAAUCAAAAUGAAGCGAGACUUUUUGCAGAAUUCAUUCACAACUCUUCCUUGGUGGAUAUUCCGUGUAAGGGAAAGAAGUUCACAUGGUAUAGUGGUGAUGAAUGGAAUAAUUUGGAGGUGGGAGGGAGAGGGGAUUUUGUCUUGAAAGAGAAGUUGAAACUUCUUAAAGCCAAAUUAAAGUGGUGGAAUGUAGAGGUGUUUGGGAGUUAUGAUAUGAGAGUGGAAGAAGAUGUGAGGAAUAUAAACAUUUAUGAUGAGAUAUUGGAGUCGCGUGAUGAGGAAGUGAUCAAGGAUGUGACUAGUAAAAGGAGGGAUGCUUCUAGUAGAUUUUGGAGGGAUUUGCAAAUUAAAGAGGACAUGCUUCUUCAAAAAUCUAGGUUGAAGUGGUUAAAGGAGGGAGAUUCUAAUAGUGGUUUUUUCCACAAGGUUAUUGAGGAACGAAGGAGGAUUAAUCACAUUGGUCCAAUUCUUUCUUCGAGAGGUAUGUAA